UUUUGCGUUAUCUUCAAGUUCACUUGCUCGAAUUACGUUAGCUGAAAACGAAGUAUUAAAAGGUGGAUCUACUUUCCUUUUUUGGAAGAAUUCUCUUGCGAAGAUUGACAUUUUAAUUCUGGAGGAUUUGCUUUUUAUAUUGUUCGUUAGCAUAUGACGAAAAGCUUGACACAGAUUUUCGUGAUUCAAUCGAAUGAAUUUAGUUAAUAUAUGCUUAAAAUCCAUGGAGUUUGAUCUUUCUGAAUCUGUAGUAGUUGCUACCAUGAGAAGCUUAAACACAAACGAGAUGCGGACGUGAACUCAUUUCUGAUGAUUUUGAACUUCGGGGCUCCGUCUGCCAUAGUUUGGAGAUGUCUUCAUUGCGGUUCCUUUUCUAAGCAUCUCGAGCUGAGGUCUGAAUUCUAUCGAGAAGUUGCUAAUCUUCUCAUUGUAUCUUCCACUGCAGGCCCAGUUUCGUUUGUGAGGCGCUUUUCAUACAAGGACAUAAAGAAGGCCACUGAUGGAUUUUGCCGGAUUAUCUACAGCAGUGCUCAUGGUGCUGCCUAUAAGGCCAAAUUUCGAGAUGGUGAGCUCGCUCUUGUUAAAGAAAUAAAGGAUUUCGAACAAACAAAAGACGUGUUCUAUAGGGAAGUGCAACUCUUGGGACGGUUGCAUCACCGCCAUCUCCUUCCACUGAUAGGAUUUUCCAUGGAACAGAAGAGUUUGCUUGUGUUUGAAAAUAUCGAGAAUGGAAGCUUGAAAGAUCACCUUAAUGAUCCUCUCAGGACUCCCCUGAACUGGAAGACGAGAAGACAGAUAGCCGUCGGUGUGGCUGCAGCUUUGGUGAGUCGUCAAUGCAUAUACAUCGGUACACAUGAGUAUCUGCUUCUCUUCAAUGAUCCUCCGAUCUAUCAUGUUUCCAUUAGCUCAAGUAAUAUCAUGCUUGAUGAGGACUUUACGGCCAAGCUAUCCGAUGUCGGGUUUCUUGGGUCUUCUGGCAAUUCUACGAACGCACCCCACACGAAAUGCUCAGAAGAUCGUACGGGAUCACAGUGCAACAACAUAAUCUUCCAGCUCGGAGUGCUGAUCCUGGAGCUCAUCACGGGCCAGUCCUCCGAGGAGGGAGGCUUCGAUUUGAUUCAAUGGGUACAAGAGAACCGUCUUGGAGGAUCAGUACACAAUCUGAUAGACCCCGAUCUCGGGAGCGACUACAGUUCGAGAGAGCUAGAGAACCUUCUAGAUGUAGCACGGGCGUGCAUAAGGUCUAGGGACAAGCCGGUUUUUUCGGCUGCAAAGUUGCUUAGAUACCUUCAAAAGAAAAUCGAUACUCCGACAUGAUCACUUUCCUAUCUUCAUUCGAGCAUUUGUAGGUUGUUGUCUUCAAAUGUGGAAUAAGUUCAAUUCUUUCUUCCCGAGGUUUACGCAUCUCUUUUCAAUGUUCA